GAUCUAUACAUAAAUGGAAUCAUUGUAAGUCAAUUUAAAAUUGGCUAUCAAUAUAUGUAUAAAUGGAGAAUUAUCCAUCAAAUGUAUAAUUCCUAUGAACUCACUAAUGAAACUAUUAGAAAUCAUAAAAUAAAUGUUCAAAGUUAUAUUAUAGAAGGAUUAGCGAAGAUUAUCAUUGGACCACAUUGUGAUAUGCGAUUAUCUCUUCAGCAAGUAGAGGAACCUGGAGAAAUUCAAACAACUGAAAAUUUAACUUAUCAUGAAAAAUAUCCAAUAAAAUUUUGUCUCAGUAAUGGCAAACUUUUAUCAUUUGAAUAUUUAUGGGACGAUGAAAUAUCGUCUGUUAGAAUAAAAAAAGCUUUAUUACUUCAAUUGCAAAUGUCUUCACAAACAUAUGGACAACAAUUUUAUACUGUUGAAAUAGAUCACUUGGGUUCAUGUCAAACAGAAUAUAUUCCUAAAACUAUCAAUUCACAUUCAGUGACUAUGAUCAAGAAACGAAAUUCAAUGUUUUGUAAUGAUGAAUAUCAACCAUUCUUUAUAAGAGAUAAUUCAAAAUUAAAUGAUCAACAGUUCAUAAUAAAUAAUCGACCUUUAUAUUUGCAAAGUGAUUUAUUAUGUGAAUUAACACAUAAAUUAAAUGGACCAAUAAUAAAUGUCAACUGUCAAGAAACUUCAAUUACUCAACAACAAUGGUUUCCAUUAUUUUCUAUAAACACCUUAACUAUUAAUGUAAAUAUGCAAAUAAAUCUUACUGAAGAAACUGAAUAUAAUGGUGAAUUUAUAAAAUUUGAUGGAAUAUCCGAAACGGAUUUUGAAGUACCUGAUAGAAAUCACACAUUAUUGAUUAAUAAUUUACUUAUAGAAAAUAAUAUCACAAACCAUAAUUAUAUUAAUAUGAUAAUGAACACACCUGAGAAAUUCAGUUAUUUUAUUGAACAAUUAAAGUGUUUAACUUAUGAACAAUGGAAAAUAGUAUACAAUUCAUGGGAAGAAAAUAUUCAAACAAGAGAAAUUAGAAAUUUUCUUGAAAAUGUUAUGUUGGAGGUUCAAACUGAAUCAUCGAUAAUCUUUAUCAUAAAUCAUUUUAUUGUUAACGCAAAAGAUGAAUAUAAACAACUUAAAUGGAUCAACUAUCUUAGUAUAGUAAAGAAACCAACCAUUGAGUUCAUGAAAGAGAUUAAGAGCUUGUUAACAGAUCAUUUAUACAAUCACACAGUUUAUUAUGUCAGUUUAAGUAUAAAGUGUUUUUGUGAAAAUCAUCCAUCAUGUAUGAAAUCUCAAAUAAUCAAAGAAAUGGUAAACAUUAUUGAAAAUGCAGUUGAUUUAGAAGACAACAUAAAGGUAAUCAUUUAAAAUGCCAUUAAUUUCUCAUGCGAUAUUACUAAACUAUGGUUUG